GUGGCACGCCAGUACUACACGUUACCAACGCUGCGCUACACAAACUUCGUGAGAGCCUUGACAAUGGUGGAUGGAGUAGUGUCCGUGGUGUUAUGGUUAACUGGAGGCAACUCAGACUAUUUUGUAGACAACAUAUUACAUUUCCACUACAAGCAGUCUGUGUUUGACCUUGCCCUAAUGGCCAGUGUGAAGGUCAUUUUGACUUUCCUGAUUUACUGGAAACUGGAAGAGCAGACGGUCAAACUGAUUGACCAUCCGUAUGAGGUGACACGCAGACGUAACGUACGUCUGCUUCACACAGCGGCUUUGCUAGCAGCCAUCGUGUUUCUAGCUUAUUGUGUGACAAAAGGUGGGAUUAUUUUGAACAGUUUUCUAAACGACCCAGCCUUCGUCCCUUUGCACCCCACAUAUUAUGGUUUAGUUAUCUCAGCUCCAUGUUUCAGUCUGGUCGAGCUUGUUGUGGCUCUGUUAAGUUUUGUAGCCAUGCGACGUCUCAAACUACAGCGCAUUCUUCAUCGUUUUAAUGACGAGGGCCAGGAAUUAGACGAGGAAGGAAAACCGAAGAAGAAAUCUGCAAGCAUCAUGCGUUUAGUGAAGUUGGCGAAAUCGGAAUGUGGGCUGAUAGGCUUUGGAGUGAUAGGCUUGCUUGUUUCCAGCGGAGCACAGAUGGUUGCUCCUUUGUUUUUUGGGAAAGUGGUGGAUGCUGCACAGAAAUCUAUGGCUGACCUUAACAUGACAGUUCUCACGCUCCUGGGCAUCUACAUAGGGGGCGCUAUAGGCUCCAUGUUUAGGUCCUGGCUCUUCACUCUGGCCGGGCACAGGUUUGUGGCUCGACUGAGAAAAAACCUGUACAACAACAUCAUCAGACAAGAUAUCGCUUUCUUUGAUACGAACAGAACUGGUGAAUUGACCAAUCGUUUGUCGUCAGAUACACAAGUGGUGUCAAAUGCCGUCACGGUAAAUAUCUCCAUGCUGGUGAGGAACCUUUUGCAGAUAUUUGGAUCUCUGCUCCUCAUGUUUAUCCUUAACCCAGCCUUAACAGGGGUUCUUCUGGCUGUGGUUCCUGUUGUGGCUAUAGGAGCUGUCCAGUAUGGCAUGUACGUUAAAAAGCUGAGGAAAACAUUCCAAGACCGACUGGCCGAUGCAGGUGUCAUUGCAGAGGAAAGCUUCUCUAGUGUAAGAACCGUCCGUACGUUCUCUGCUGAAAACAAGUCUAUGGCAAGUUACGGGGUGGAUAUCGACAAAAGUUAUCAAGAGGGCAAAAAACUCUCCCUGAUUCAAGGCAUGUUUGAUGGGACAAUAGGGAUCCUGUCUUACGGAGCUAUUGCCCUUGUGCUGUGGUAUGGAGGCAAGCUCGUUAAUGAGGGGCAUUUGUCACCUGGAAUUCUUACAGCCUUUUUGCUGUACACCCUUCAGGUGGCUUUGGGAUUUGCCAUACUCUCAUCUCUCUAUGGUGAUUUUAUGCAGGCUGUGGGUGCAUCAAUGAGGAUAUUUGACCUGCUGGACCUGAAGGCUGACAUUCCCCUGGACACAGGAAUGACCCUGCCCAGCUUACAAGGGGACACAGGAUUCUACAGUGUGAAGUUUACCUACCCAUCUCGUCCUGAGACUCCAGUCCUGAAGGGUGUAUCCUUUGAGAUAGAGCGAGGUCAGAUGGUGGCGUUGGUGGGGCCCUCUGGUGGCGGGAAGUCCACAAUCGUGAGCCUGUUGGAACGUUUCUAUGACCCAGAAUCAGGGACCAUCACUCUAGGGGGAGCUGAUCUCAAGGCACUGGAUCCUCAUUGGUUCCGCAAACAGAUCUCCAUGGUGAGCCAGGAACCUACAUUGUUUGGAUGUUCUAUCCGUGAUAACAUCGCCUAUGGAAGAGACGAAGCUACUGAUGAGGAGGUGAUGGAAGUGGCCAAACGAGCCAACGCCCACGACUUCAUCAUGUCGUUCGAAGAUGGUUACAAGACGAUGGUUGGGGAGCGGGGCGUGCGUUUGUCAGGCGGACAGAAGCAGCGUGUUGCGAUCGCGCGCGCUCUUCUCAUGGACCCUGUGUUACUUCUUCUGGAUGAGGCAACCAGCGCUCUGGAUGCUGAGAGUGAACACCUGGUACAAGAGGCUAUUGACCGGGCCAUGAAGGGGCGCACUGUUUUAGUCAUCGCACACCGAUUGUCUACAGUCAGGGAUGCCUCACAGGUAAUUGUCAUAGAUAAAGGUGAGAUCGCUGAGAAAGGAACACACGAGGAACUUGUGCAAAAAGAUGGCGUUUACAAAAAACUGGUGCUGCGGCAACUCAUGGCUGGAUCCAUUCAAACUGACAGGUCAACUGACGGAUCACCACAAGUAACUGACACCGAUGCAACUGACACUGAAGGGAAGGUCAAUGAGUUCAGUAAUGUUGUCCUUGAUUGAUGACAAACGAAGGCAGGAGUAAUGAACUUGAGGAAGUUAAGGGCCUUAGUGAACUUGAUAAGUUUUUUAUGAUCUUUUGGUGGUUGUAAUUGAAAAAAAAGUACACCUCACUGUUUUUUUUUGUAAAUUAAUGCGCAACAAUACCCAGUUUUUGGCUGAUGACCAAGAUAGGCAUACUGCCAUCAUUAAAAUUCACCACUUUGCCUGCCGAAAUGUGUUACUGCAGCAAUCAGUGGAUUGCAGAGUUGCCACAGUCUGAUUGGUUUUGUUUACAAAUAGGCGUGUAAGAUUAAAUAGUUUUAUCUUUGAAAAUAAUAUCAUUGUACAUUGGACCUCUUCUGCAAAAGUCCAUAAAUCUGUGUCAUAACGUAACACCCUUAAAAGUAGACUUUAACAAAAAAAAAUCUUUUUUCAAUCAUAUUUCAUCUUUUUGGAGUCAUUUUUUUUUUCAUCUUUCAAUGCAUUGUGAAUCAUUUUUCACAGAUGAAAUCAUGAUAGAGAAGUAUUUUAUGUUUAUCAUUACUAAAGCUUUUAAAAGUGAAGAUGAAAAUGCUCAGCUUGAAUUUCAUGAACAAUGACAGUUUUAUGUACAUUGAUUUUAACUGGGGUCCAUACUAGCCAGAUUCUAUACUUGAAUGUUCACAUGAGGUUUAAAUGUUCCCAAAAAGUUGUGAAAUGAAGCAGUAGUAGCUAAAUCUCCAGUUACAAGAUGUUAGAAAGGGGUAUAUACCCAUAGCAUGUACUAUAGACUGGAUAAUUUUUAUAUACAGCUGUCUUUAUUAUUAAUGUUAAAUCUGACAAUCCCCGAUCUCAAAAUUUUCUAUAUUUUACUGAAAUUGGAUGUCUUUGAUUCAAAUCCAUUUUUACUCAUAUGAGUCCUGUUGUUGUUGAUUCAGAUUUUUCAUAUGUGUGCAAAUCGUUAUUCAGUGCAUUAAGUAAUUUUGACUUAUGAUUGACUUAAACCAUUAUUUACUCGCUCUCAGAUAUGUGUGCAGAAUCCAGGGCAUUAAGUAAUUUUGACUUAUGAUUGACUUAAACCAUUAUUUACUCGCUCUCAGAUAGUGUGCAGAAUCUAGGGCAUUAAGUAAUUUUGUCUUAUGAUUGACUGAAAUCAUUAUUUACUCGCUCUCAGAUAGUGUGCAGAAUCCAGGGCAUUAAGUAAUUUUGUCUUAUGAUUGACUGAAAUCAUUCUUUACUCAUACUCAGAUAUGUGUGCAGAAUCUAGGGCAUUAAGUAAUUUUGUCUUAUGAUUGACUGAAAUCAUUCUUUUCUCAUACUCAGAUUAUGUGUGCAGAAUCCAGGGCAUUAAGUAAUUUUGUCUUAUGAUUGACUGAAAUCAUUCUUUUCUCGUACUCAGAUAUGUGUGCAGAAUCCAGGGCAUUAAGUAAUUUUGUCUUAUGAUUGACUGAAAUCAUUCUUUUCUCGUACUCAGAUAGUGUGCAGAAUCUAGGGCAUUAAGCAAUUUUGUCUUAUGAUUGACUUAAACCAUUAUUUACUCACUCUCAGAUAGUGUGCAGAAUCUAGGGCAUUAAGUAAGUUUAUAUAAUGAUUGACUUAAACCAUUCUUUUCUCAUACUCAGAUAUGUGUGCAGAAUCCAGGGCAUUCAUUAAAUUCGUCUUAACUAAUUCUUCAUUCAAAUUCAAAUUUUUCAUUUUUGUACAGAUCAUUAUUCAGGGCAUUAAUUCAUUUAGUCUUACGCUUGACUUUAACCAUUCUUUACCCAUAAAUUUUCCAUAUGUGGGCAAAAUUCAGGGCAUUAAUUGAUUUUGUCUUAAAUAAUUCUUCACUCAUGUUCACAUUUUUCAUUUUCAAUUUGUACAUAUCAUUCAGUGCAUUCAUUCUUAGUUAAUAAUACCAAUUACUAUUAAUACUAAUUAAUAAUUAGUCUUAUAAUUGACUCAUAUAAUUCUCCCCUGAAACUUUUUCAGACCAGUUGUAUUCAGGGCAUUUAUUUUACCAUGGUACAUUUUAACAUUUUCCAUUGUUUCUUUUGAUUUUGAAAAUAUCAUAGAUGUACUGCUAUUUUUGUGCAUAUUUCAGCUUUCUACCUGUCUUUUUAUUAUCAUCAAUAUGCAAUGAACUAGUGACAUAUCAGUUAUGGUUUUUGAAUUAUGAAUUUUUUCAGGGAUUUUGGUAUUUUGGCUAAGACCUGCAGGUCUGAAUGUCGUCCUCUGGUGGUUGAUCCUUCAAAUUUGUCUCGAAGGAUCAUACUAUACUAUCUUUUUAAUAUGGACUGUUCUUUUAAGGAGAGGCCUGAUUUCGCGACAUCAACUGUUGUUAAAUUUGCACAAAUUAUUUACAUAAAACUUUGAAAUGAGCUUGUUGUUCAUGGAAGCGGACAGUAAAUUCUCGAAACUUCAAAAGUACUAUGUAUUCUUCCAACAGAGCAAGGCCAGAGCAGUUUGAUUUUGUAUUUUUUUUUUUUUUGUUUUUUUUUUGAUAUUCCACUUCACCCUCACAAAGAACAUAUACAGUAAUGAUCCAGCUGUCAAAAUAUACCACAAAUUAAAAUCCGAAAAAUAUAUUUUCUUGUUUUCUGGCAGUCAAAACAGACACAUUUGCAGAGUUAUGCAUGUGCGGUAACGUUGUAAUAUACACUGUGAGUGAGAAAUGUGCUAAGAAGUGCAACUGGGGCACCAUAGAAGGCUCAUCCAGGCAUAUAUGUAAUUAAGACCUACCUGUACUGUAUUUCGCCUGAAAAUUGAUAUGCACACAUACACUUUCAGGACACAUAAAGGCAGGAAAAUGAUAGUUUUGAUGCCAACAUUUAUUAAGUUUUUCGGGUAAGAAAUUAAUCAAACUUAACAAAAACCCCGUAAAUGGUCCUAUAAGAUGGAUGAAUCAGUCCGAAUCAAAUAUAAUGUGUCUGGUGAAAAAUGCUUAACCUUUAUAGCUAUAAUACAGUAUAUAUGAAGAGCACAAUGUUUUGAUUUAUUUAUUUAUUUGAUUGGAGUUUUACGCUGCACUCAAGAAUAUUUCACUUGUCCACAGCAACCAGCAUUAUUGUGGGAGGAAACCGGACAGAGCCAUGACCAUCCAUAGGUUGCUGGCAGACCUUCCUACAUAUGGCUUAAUGUUUUGAAGAGUUCUCUAAAUUUAGAAAUGUUUAGUGCGUAGAAUUGUAUUUAAUUUACUUGUAUACAUCUAUACGACAGACACAAGAAUAUACAUCUGAAUUAUGAUUUGCAGUAAGUGUUAAAACUCAUCCACAUCUACUAGAAUUGUACACUGGACACCAGAGAGGACACUGGACAUCAAAGAGGACACUGGACACUCUGCUCAGAUGUCCGUAGAACUGUAGGAAGUUGCCCAAGCCUAAUGACGUGUGAAAUUCAUGUAAGCUAGUGAACUUAUGCUUCAGAAUGAGAUUAGCACGUUGUUAGACAUGUUAGAUAGGCUCAUGUCCAUCUGUCAGUUUUGAAAGAAAAAUAUUUUCACUGUACACAUUAACAGUCUCCCAAAUAAUGUUUCCUUCCUUUUGUACCUUGUGAUGGUUUUAAGAAUUGUUUAUUUCAUUUGAUAUUUUCAAAAUAUUGACAUUUUGAUAAAACAAUAUAUAUUGCUGUGUACACUAUUUUAAAAAAAACAGUAAUAAAAGGGUGCACUAGCUAUACAUUGUAUAAUCCAAGAUUGCUAGAUUAUAAAUGUAAAAUUAUUUAUUGGUCGUUAUUUGGGGACCUUGUGAAAUUUUUAUGACCUUGAACAAAGAUUUUUUCUGGGGUACAGUACUGUUUAAACUGUGUUGUGCGUGUAAAUUUUGGUCUUCAUUAAACACUAAUGGAUGAUAUUGUUUAUUCUGCGAAGUUUAUUCCUGGAGGGUAAUUUAUCUUGCUAUGAGAAUUUUCUGCAGCAUUGUUGUUGUUGACCAGCAGUUUUCUUCAAGUUCUUUCUACAAACCAUGAACACUGACUAAAGUUGCUUGUUUGCU